AGAUGGCGACGGGCCGGUCACUGCCGCGCUGAGGUGUGUUUUCACUUUUCGGAGCACACCAAUGACCAACUCCCGAUCUAUCUAUAUAUACGUAUCACUCUGAUGACAUCAGCCGUGGCCCGUGAUCCAGCCAGUGGACGCUCAAGUCUGUUCUGUUGUACUUUGAACUGGAACGCACCAUCUGCAUUUGUUUAUGUUGAAAGCAUCAUUUCACGAAAGCCGAAUCCUCGUCAUUCGUCGCAGCAUAUAAAAUAGAUUGUUGAAGUUAUAAACAAAAUCAAUUGUUUUUUCUCCCGAAGAAAGCUCAUUCAGAAUGGGAGAAAGAUACAAUAUUCACAGUCAGUUGGAGCAUCUCCAAUCAAAAUAUAUUGGAACUGGUCAUGCUGAUACUACCAAGUUUGAGUGGCUUGUAAAUCAGCACCGAGAUUCGUGCAGUUCUUAUAUGGGUCACUACGAUCUUUUAAAUUUCUUUUCUAUUGCUGAGAAUGAAGCAAAAGCAAGAGUACGCUUUAAUCUCAUGGAAAAGAUGUUGCAACCAUGUGGUCCACCACCAGAAAAGCCAGAAGAUUAAUUUAUGUACAUACGUUCUUUUUAUUCUUUCUUACAUUAAUUAAGAUAAAAUUUAUUCAUAAGCAUCAAUAAAAAAAUCAAUUAUUUAAAA